CAGUGGAGCUCGGGCAUCCUUGCCAAACACAGGGAGACAGCAGAGCCAUUUUGACCGCUCCGGCUCGCGAAAACGCGGCCGACGAUUCAAAGCUUGAGCCGAGGACCUCUGGGAGGAGGGGGACUGGCACGACAGGGCGGACGGACGGACGGACGGACGCACGGACGGCACGGCACCGAAGGGGGUGGGUCGGCGGGGUAGACUACAAGACAUCACUCCUCCUCAGCCCCUUCCCGUUUUCAUGGAGAGGGGAGGCUGCUAGCAGGGGCAGUGCCAGACCUGGAGGACACCAGCGGAGGUGGAGGUGUCCGCGGAGCUGGGAUAAUAAGACAGCGCGAACGAACGAACGAACGAACGAACACGGUCUCCGCCCGGAAGCAAGGCGUUUUAUUAGCACCGCGGAGAAUUCAUACCUGGGACUAAAGAAGGCACCGAAAAGGUGCUAAGAAGACAGCGCCAUGGCAGGGGCCUCUGUGAAGGUGGCGGUGCGGGUCCGCCCUUUCAAUUCGAGAGAGAUGGCGAAAGAAAGCAAGUGCAUCAUACAGAUGUCUGGAAACACCACCACCAUCAUCAACCCCAAGCAGGCCAAAGACAACAAGAGUUUCAACUUUGAUUAUUCCUACUGGUCCCACACCACGCCCGAGGACGUCAAUUACGCUUCUCAGAUGCUGGUGUACAAGGACAUUGGAGAAGAAAUGUUGCUUCACGCCUUUGAAGGAUACAACGUCUGUAUCUUCGCUUAUGGGCAGACGGGUGCUGGAAAGUCCUACACCAUGAUGGGGAAACAGGAUGUCAAGGAUCAACAAGGAAUCAUUCCCCUGCUUUGUGAAGAUCUCUUCACCAAAAUCAGCGACAAUACAGACAACAGCAUGUCUUACUCUGUGGAGGUGAGCUACAUGGAAAUCUACUGUGAACGUGUGCGAGACUUGCUGAACCCCAAAAACAAAGGGAACCUCCGUGUGCGAGAGCAUCCUCUGAUGGGGCCUUAUGUGGAGGAUCUGUCCAAACUGGCUGUCACCUCCUACAACGACAUCCAGGACCUGAUGGACUCCGGCAACAAAGCCAGGACUGUGGCUGCCACCAACAUGAACGAAACAAGCAGCCGCUCGCACGCUGUGUUUAACAUCAUAUUCACGCAGAAACGCCUCGACGCAGAGACUGACAACACAUCUGAGAAGGUCAGCAAAAUCAGCCUGGUGGAUUUGGCUGGUAGUGAAAGGGCAGAUUCUACCGGAGCCAAAGGGACCAGGCUUAAGGAAGGAGCAAAUAUCAACAAAUCUCUAACCACGUUGGGAAAAGUCAUCUCUGCUUUAGCAGAAGUGGACUCUGGUCCAAAUAAGAAUAAAAAGAAGAAGAAAGUGGAAAGCUUCAUUCCUUACAGAGAUUCAGUUCUGACUUGGCUACUGAGAGAAAAUUUGGGGGGAAACUCUCGCACUGCCAUGGUGGCUGCCCUGAGUCCAGCCGACAUCAACUACGACGAGACCCUCAGCACGCUCAGGUACGCUGACCGCGCCAAACAGAUUCGCUGUAAUGCCGUUAUCAACGAGGAUCCCAACAACCGAUUGGUGCGUGAGCUGAAGGAGGAGGUGUCUCGUCUGAAAGACCUCCUCUUUGCCCAGGGGCUGGGUGACAUCAUUGAGACAUAUCGAGCAACUGGUGCUGAUAUAGAGGGUUUGAAAUACCUAUCCGAUUACAAGAACAAUAACAAUAAAGGCCAAGCUGUGAAUCAAAGGGAUGAUCUCUCCACAGUGACCAAUGCCAUGACGGGGAUGAGUCCCUCUCCGUCUCUCUCAGCCUUGUCCAGCCGUGCCGGAUCUAUAGCCAGUCUGCACGACCGCAUCAUGUUCAGCCCCGGCAGCGAGGAGGCUAUCGAGAGACUGAAGGAAACAGAGAAAAUCAUUGCUGAGCUUAAUGAGACCUGGGAAGAGAAACUACGCAGAACAGAGGCCAUCAGGAUGGAAAGAGAGGCCUUACUGGCAGAAAUGGGCGUGGCAAUGCGAGAAGAUGGUGGCACAGUCGGGGUGUUCUCUCCUAAGAAGACGCCUCAUUUGGUGAAUCUCAACGAGGAUCCUCUGAUGUCCGAGUGCCUCCUGUACUACAUUAAAGACGGAAUAACCAGGGUUGGUCGUUUAGAUGCCAGCAGUCGUCAGGACAUAGUUCUCAGCGGCCACUUCAUAAAGGACGAACACUGCACCUUUACCAGCUCUAGUGGUCCGACGGGAGAAACAGCAGUCGUCCUAGAGCCCUGUGAAGGAGCUGAGACUUAUGUCAAUGGAAAGAGAGUGACAGAACCCACUGUACUCAGAUCAGGAACUCGCAUCAUCCUGGGGAAGAGCCAUGUGUUCCGGUUCAACCACCCUGUGCAGGCCAGGGCUGAGAGGGAGAGGACCCCUUGUGCCGAGACCCCUGCUGAGCCUGUGGACUGGGCCUUUGCUCAGAGGGAGCUGCUGGAGAAACAGGGCAUUGACAUGAAACAGGAAAUGGAACAGAGGCUGCAGGAGUUGGAGGAUCAGUAUCGCAAAGAAAGGGAGGAGGCCAACAACCUUUUGGAGCAGCAAAGACUGGAUUAUGAGAGUAAGCUGGAGGCCCUUCAGAAGCAAGUGGACCGUUAUUAUCCAGAAGCCGCUGAAGAAGAGGAGGAACCCGAGGAGGAAGUGUCAUGGACGGAGAGGGAAAGAGACCUCGCUGUGUGGAGCUUCCGUAAGUGGAGGUGGUACCAGUUCACCUCCCUCCGUGACCUGCUGUGGGGAAACGCCAUCUUUCUCAAGGAGGCCAACGCCAUCAGCGUCGAGCUGAAGAAGAAGGUUCAGUUCCAGUUUGUGCUGCUGACAGACACCCUCUACUCGCCACUGCCUCCCGACCUGUUGCCCCCAGAGGCGGCUAAAGACAGAGAAAAGAGACAUUUCCCUCGCACCAUUGUAGCAGUGGAGGUGCAAGAUCAGAAGAAUGGAGCCACUCACUACUGGACAUUAGAGAAAUUAAGGCAGAGGCUCGAUCUCAUGAGAGAGAUGUACGAUCGCGCUGCUGACGUGCCCCACACCACCACCGAGGACAGCGAGAACGCCAUGACAGGAGGCGACCCCUUCUAUGAUCGCUUCCCGUGGUUCCGCCUCGUUGGCAGAAACCCCAUUUUCAACACAUGCAUGAGCGAACGCAUGAGUGACCCUACCCCAUCCCCAACCCUUUCCAACUCUGAAAUUACUGAGCUGGCUGACUCACAGCGGGAGGGUCGAGGGGAGGAGGAGGAGGAGUUGGAGGAGUUGGAGGACCUGGACGAUGAUAUCUUUUUGGACGACCCGAGCUCGGAGCUCGGGGUAGAGGAUGAUGAUGAUGAUGAUGAUGAUGAUGAUGAUGAGGGAGAGCUCUGCCGUGGCUCCAGCGAAGGCCAGGAUCCCUUUUACGACCGCUCACCAUUAUUCAGUGUAGUGGGAAGGGCUUUUGUUUAUCUGAGCAAUCUGUUGUACCCGGUGCCCCUGGUCCACCGUGUGGCCAUCGUCAGCGAGAAGGGAGAGGUGAAGGGCUUCCUCCGCGUGGCCGUUCAGGCCAUAUCAGGUGCUCUGUGUUUCCCUCCAGCCGAUGAGGAAGCUCCAGACUACGGCUCGGGAGUGAGGCAGUCGGGCACGGCCAAAAUCUCAUUCGAGGAUCAGCAGUACGAAAAGUUCCAGUCAGAGACCUGCUCUGUGGGAUUGUCCCGCACAGGGAUUUCUCAGGAGGAGCUUCGAAUAGUGGAGGGGGAGGGGCAGAACGCAGAAAUGGGACCAUCAGCUGAUGAAGUCAACAACAACACAUGUGCGGCUGGUGCGGACGAGCCGGAGAAUCCACUGAAGGCCAGCCUGGAUGGUGCACUAGAUACAACUCCGGAGCACCUGAGGAUUGGUAAUAUCUUCACCUUCAGAGUGACCGUCCUUCAGGCCUCCAGCAUCUCUGCAGAAUAUGCUGAUAUCUUCUGCCAGUUCAAUUUCAUCCACCGCCAUGACGAGGCCUUCUCCACCGAACCCCUAAAAAACACUGGCCGUGGUCCUCCUCUGGGCUUCUACCAUGUUCAGAACAUCGCUGUGGAAGUCACUAAAUCCUUUGUUGACUAUAUCAAGACUCAGCCAAUUGUGUUUGAGGUGUUUGGACACUACCAGAAACAGCCAUUCCUUCCCAUAUGUAAAGACGUCAUCAGUCCACUGCGCCCCUGCAGAAGACAGUUUCCAAGGGUGAUGCCGCUCUCUAAACCAGUGGAUACUGAUGCCUCGCCGGACCGGGAGAAAUCACUGGAGCUGAUCCGAUACCUGGUCCCAGAUGUGUUCAAUGGGUUGCUGGUGGACUCGCUGUCAGACCACGCUCUGUCUGCCGCUGGCUUGGCUGCUUCCUUCUUACUGGAAGGAAACGAGCGAGCUCAGCUGCCUGCUCCACCCACCUCUAUCUGUUCAGUUAUUAAAGCUCAGAAGCCGGUACCUGCCACCAAGCUGACGGCCGUGACCCGUCCUCAGGCGGGACCCUGCCACAGCAAAUAUGAUCUCAUGGUCUUCUUUGAGAUCUGCGAGCUGGAGGCCAAUGGAGACUACAUCCCUGCCGUGGUGGACCACAGAGGAGGAAUGCCUUGCCAUGGCACGUUUUUACUGCACCAGGGUCUCCAGAGGAGAAUCACCGUCACCAUCGUACAUGAAUCUGCAGGAGACAUGGAAUGGAAGGAAGUCCGUGAACUUGUUGUGGGACGUCUGCGCAACACCCCCGAAGCUGACGACACCAUCAUUGACCCCAACAUUCUCUCUCUCAACAUCUUGUCUUCUGCGUAUGUCAGGCCCAUGCAAGAUGACAGACAGUUUCUUGAUUCGGACAUGCCUAGCAUUUCCUUGGGAGUUGACCAUAGGACUUUCUACCGUUUCGAGGCUGCUUGGGACAGCUCCAUGCACAACUCUUUGCUACUCAAUCGAGUCACUCCAUAUGGGGAGAAGAUCUACAUGACCCUCUCGGCCUACGUGGAGAUGGAGAACUGCACACAGCCUGCGGUCAUAACCAAAGAUAUCUGCAUGGUGUUUUACUCUCGGGACGCAAAGCUCUCGGCUUCCCGUUCAAUCCGCAAUCUUUUCGGUACUGGAAGCUUAAGAGCUGCAGAUGGAAAUCGUAUAACAGGAGUCUAUGAGGUCAGCUUGUGUAACCUGGCAGACACAGGAAGCCCAGGGAUGCAGAGGAGACGCAGGCGGGUGCUGGACACCUCCGUGGCCUACGUCCGUGGGGAGGAAAACCUGGCUGGAUGGAGGCCACGUAGCGACAGCCUCAUUCUGGACCACCAGUGGGAGCUGGAGAAGCUCAGUCUCCUCCAAGAUGUGGAGAAAACCAAACAUUACCUCCUGCUGAGGGAGAAACUGGAGUCCACCCUGCUCAUGGGCCAGGAGGCCCUUCAGUCCUGUCUCACCGAGGAGCUGAGCGAGUCUCCGCAACCUGCUGAGGUCGACCAUGAGGUCGUCUCUGCUUCUGAAAUCACCACUGAGAGGCAGAGGGAGCUGGCUGCCAAGUGUUUGCGGCUGCUCACUCACUCCUUUAAUCGAGAAUACAGCCACGUGUGUGUCAGCGCCAGUGAAAGCAAGAUCUCUGAGAUGUCUGUCACGACGCUAAAAGACUCCGCUUCAGUUUCUGCUCUUAACACAAUCACACCCUCCUCCACAUGCCCUUCACUGGUCGAAGGUUGCUACAGCAAUGCUGAACUCAGACCACCUACGCCUCGUUCCCGUGCUGUCAGCCCCGGCCCUGACACACAGCAGGAUGCAGAGGCCAAGAAGUCUGUUAAUGGAGCCUCUGAAACCAAACCUCGGACCCGUAAAUUUGUCCCUGAUAUCCAGGAAAUUAGAGUGAGCCCCAUCGUGUCAAAGAAAGGUUACAUACAUUUCUUGGAGCCGCAAACUAACGGGUGGGUGAAGCGCUACGUCGUCGUGCGUCGGCCGUACGUCUACAUCUACAACACGGAAAGAGACACCGUGGAGCGCGCUAUUCUCAAUCUGUCAUCUGCCCAGGUGGAGUACAGCGAGGACCAGCAGGCAAUGCUGAAGACCCCGAACACAUUUGCCGUGUGUACAGAACAUCGUGGAAUAUUACUCCAAGCCACUAAUGACAAGGAGAUGCACGACUGGCUGUAUGCAUUCAACCCUCUCCUAGCUGGAACUAUCAGGUCAAAGCUUUCGAGAAGACGGGCCGGACAGAUGAGGAUGUGAAACAAGGCUUAACAAAAGCAGGAAGCGUGACGCAGAGACUAACAUGUACAUAGGUCCUUGUCCUUAUCCCUCCCUGUGUGCUGAGUCCCAUCCCCCACCACCACAGUCACCAACAACUAUCUUUCCCCUGUACGUUCUCAGUUUAACACUAGUGUCCUCAGCACCUCGAGCGCCCAUUUUGUGUCAGGCCUUUGCUGCGGUGUAAGUCUCUUAGUCUAAAGAACCUCUUCAAAAAUCUGUCACUGUUCUGUGCCGGAGUUAGCUGGUCAGUGGAAGAACAUGAGGGCGGGGGGCGGCAACAGUUUCUUCUUUCAGAUUACAUACGUAUGGUAAUGUACUGUAGUUGUUGUCAGUGACACAUCGAGCCUUAUGCAUUUACUCCUUAAAAAAAAACAAAAAAACUUGCAGUGACAUGUGUCUUUACCAAAAAGCUGCCAUGUCAGUGAGGAGCACAUUGCUACAUUUGCAUCAGUAAAUAGAAAAACAUGCAGAUUCUUCUCUACUCUACAGCUAUAUAUACAACAUACAGCCUGAAAAUACACAUUAACAUGAAAAAAAAAAAAAAGUCGAGUGUGUCUCUUUAGAAUGUUUCUCUCUUCUUUCUGGUCCAUGGAUCCUGACACCGCGUAAUCCGCCGCCUAAAAACGUCUUAGAAACUUAAGCACACACAGCUUGGCAAGGGAAUGGCAUAUCAUCGUAGGCUUCACGUUCUUGGCUACGUUUUAGUUUCUCGUAGGAACACCGAGGGUAUCCGCAUUCACACUAUAAGUAAUCGAACACCGUCACCUUCAGUCUCCCACUUUGAUCUCAUUCUUCUCCCUGAAUUUCAUUUGUUUUAAAAUGUGAUAUAUUUAGAUAUUUAACCGUUUUAUUAUUUAUUUCUGCAUGUAUUUAUUAUUUACAAAGACAUUUAUAUUUCUAAAGUAGUAGUCCAGUGCAAUUUCUGCACACUGCACUUUUUAAUGAGUUCCUUAAAUGUUUGAAUGACACGACCUCGUCACCACACAGUUAACACUGUUGAACCAAUUUAACAACGACUUAACGAUGAACAUUGGCCAGUUUCCUUUUGGUGAAGAUUACUUGAAUAACACCAUCCUCCCUCCUUUAGGAUUAUGGUAGUCACACAUUUGACCUUUAGCCCAGCUAGCAUCCAUCUAUAAAAGUAAAUAAUGGUACAUUGUUAGGUAGAGAAUAUUAAGGUGUUCUUCUGACCAUCCUCUGCUGCACAAGGCUACCUUAUUAAAUCAAAAAAAACCUAAACUGUUCUUCACAGUACAAAAUAAGAAGCUGGUUUUCUGAAUGAUACGUGUAUAUUAAUUAAAUGUAGUGCCUCUCUUUUCAAACAUACUGUACAGUAUGCCGCUGCACCAUUUGCUUUCAAACUACAUCCUCCAUGCUGCUAAAAAUAACGUUCUCUCUGUGGAUCAUAUCAUCACUUUCCCGCUUUACGUCAUCGCCGCUUGCACAUUCGUGCAGAUGGUUUCGAUUUAUAGUAAUGUUGCACUUCUAAUACAGCAAUCAAAUGUCAUGAGUGGACUUUCCACAACACGGAGCAUACUGAAUGUUUAGUCACUGAAAAGCCUCCUUUAACACGUUUCAGGAUUGUCAACAGGCACGUAGCUCUUCGUUAAGCAUAAAUAUGAAUGGAGAAAAACAAACUCAGUCCUGUCGACAGUCGGUCAUGAAAGCUGCAAAACUGUAUUGCUGUUCUGUUUUAACCCCUACAGCUAAUCUUAAAUACUACUCUGCAUUUUGGUUAAAGUCAAUCUGAAAGUGAAGUGUGAGUUGGUUUGGGGAGUAUGCCUCAGGUCAGCCAGCCUGGAGAGCAUGCUCAGUGAGAGCGGUGACAUUUCACUUGCACCUUUGUCUUGAACCUGCACACAACUACUAUUUAUGCUCUGUCUAAUGAUGAGGGGUAUUUACGUAUAACACCAGUUCAGUAUGGUUUUAUGUUUGCUACUGAUCUGAUCAUUCAAUAGCUUACUCAACGAGCAUAUUUCCUGAGAUGUUAAAGUAUUCUGUGUGUCGUGGACAUAUUUUGAGGUUAAAAACUUUUUACAGUCCAAACCUUUGUGUGUUGUGUAACAAAGGGUUUGUCGUAGUAAUGAUGAAAAUCCUUCAUCAGAGUCACUUGGCAGAGACUUUUUUUUUGUAUUUAAUUCAGCUAUAGCAUCAUCGUUACAGGAAAACCCUGCUGUACCGUACAUUUACACUGUCUCAUACACUGUGUUGUCUCAUUGCUGUCCCCUUAAAUCCCCCCCAAAAAAAUGAUAGAAAAUACAUGCUUUCCUCCACUCUAGUCUCUAAAUUGAGAUUAUUCAUGUUUUUAUUGGGCCUUGCAAUGUGCAUCACAUCCGAAACAACCAAACCUUAGUUGGUGCAGGCACAAAAAGUUCACACCGAAUGUACAACAAUAGUUGAAAAUACUUAUUAUGCUGAAAUGGUUGCGUUGACUUCUGUGGUCUUCUGGGUGCACCCUGUAGUUCCUUAUUGAUUGUAGGAUAGAUCUAUUGUAGGGAACUAUACGGAGGUUGUGGGACAUACCUGUAAUAAUCUGUCCACUAAUGUAUGGGAGGGGGGUGGUUAACUAUGACCCUGCUCGGCAUCGUGUCUUGCUGUAGGUUUCCUGUCACACUUCCGCUCUUAUUUCACAAUAUCUACCUUCACCUUCAAGCUCUAGCAGCCUUCACAGCGUCUUUUUCUAAUCCUUCCCCUUUCAAGGAAUAUUGACAUUUUUGUGCUUCCACAUCCAAUCUGUUUUUUUUUUCAUACAGUUAUGUUUCUUUUUUUUUCUUUUCUUCAAAUGACUUUGCAUUGUAUAUAAACAUGAUUGCUGUGAACAGUGUAUUAUAAAGUUGCACCCAUUUGCAAACUCUUGAAUGGGCAGUAGUUCAGUCAGUGUCUCUGAGUGUUGGAGUUUAGCGUCAGAUGUUUGUGUACACUAAAACACAUUGUCAUAUACGAAAUAAACAUGGAAAUUAUGCAACACAAA